AUGGCGCACCAAAACAUUUUCCUCAACCCAGACCUUGCUCCGGGCGAGUUCCGUACUAUGUCGAUAGCUCCAGAUGGUGUUGUCUCUGUUACCAAUGGAGGCUACCUUGGCGAGGAGAGGUCUUUAUCCAUCACUGAGGCCAGAGACAGAGCAUCCCGCUCGUCCAAGGCCAUCUUGGAGGCAAUCACGCUCUUAAUCAAUGUGCUUGAUCGCCACGAGGCCACUAUCCACAAGCGUUGGGCAAAGAGGAGCACCCGGCAGCGCCAGGAUCUCCUCCGCAGGGCAUGGCCCGACAUGGCUGCUGCCCACGCACCCGACCUUGCAGCCUACAAGCGCAGAUCUAAAGCCCGGGGUGCAUCUGAUGGAGACGACGGCUUGGACAAGAAUUAUGCGCUUCCGUACAUGAACUUGGAGGACUUGGCGCGUGGGAAUGCAUUGCUUGUUCUCCUCAAUUCCAGAGUGAGGCAUCCUCCGUCCCAGUUUGCGGUCCUGGAUGAGCAAAGUCUCGGAUUCGGUAUCUGGGCCGAGGCAUUGAAACCCCCGCCCUUUUACCACGUGCCCACGGGUCUCCUCGUUCUUGAUGUUCAAGCAACGUUGCUUCAAGCUCUGCGGGACAUCGUGGCUCUCAUUCUGCAGGACAAGCCGUUGGAGGUGUACGCCGAGACGGGUCCUGUCGCCCCAGAACUCCCUCCUUUGUCCCUCUACCCUGGAGAGGAUUCCCCCUCGGUGACAGAUCUGGCACUUGCACGUCCCUACCUCGUCCCCGAGAAGGUGGACGUCGCUCGGCUGUCCUCGCUCGCCCGCACCCGCAUGGCAGAAUGGGUAGACUACGGCUGGGCUAUGCGUGAGGACCCGGGUUUUCUCGCGGAAGUCAUCGGAGAUUGGCAUGAACACUCGAGUGCAAACGUAAAAUCGUAUAGUGGGAGACUGGACCCUGCUACCAAAACCAUAAAAGGACAACUAACGGAGUGGUCCAAAAACGCCAGCAGUGCCAUUAACGAGCCGUACGAGGGGAUAGCGGUGUGGGGGUGUUUAGCCAAGCAGUUCGGCAAGCUUGCCUCUCUCCAUGAAAAGUUCGCCAGUGGCGAGUAUGAAUGUGAAGACGAGGAGGAUGUCCCCGGUUAUCGUGCUAUUUUGAAGCGCAUCAUCACUCUCCUUGAGCUCCGUGUCAUCGAAAAAGGAGCACGCGAGCUCAGGACCAUCUUGCCAUGCUCACCUCCUUGGCGGGAUCUUUUUGUCUGUGGGGAGAGGGGGGGCCUCAACUUAAAGAACCCGGCCAACAUGAAUAGGCACGAGGUGCUUUGGCUGAUGGGCCAGCUCGGCGAUCGUGAGUCGGACGUCCCGCUCAGUGUGGCCGCUAUAGAACUCGCCCAUCUCAUCCACACGGACAAACAGCAGCGACAGAAUAUCACGGCUCUCUCGGCCCGUUUCAUCGCAGAUCUGGGGCUGGCAUGCGAGCUCCAUAAACAGGUUCGCAUGCUCAGCCCAAACUAUUUCGCAAGACUUGGCGCCAAGUUCACCUUCAAGCCUGAAGAGUUGGCGCAGGUGGUGAAGGACUCUGAACUUUUGGGCGUCCUGACGCCGCUACAUCAUCUCAAAAUGAUUUGCUCAAUUGCACACUCGGGAGACAAAUACUUGAAUCUCGGUGCAGAAGUCGAUCUGUCGAAUGGGAACCUGAGAUAUCCGGCCAGCAGGAGCCGCACCAAGGAGAACACCGAGACUCUACAGGCAGCGGAGCGUCACCUUGAUGAGAUAUGGGACAAGUACGAUGCGCAUCUCGAAAAGCAUUUAUCCACGGAAACUAUCGAGAAACUUCAGACUGGGGUACCCAAGAAGGAGGAGCUGCGACGAACCCCUGACUGGGUUGAACCUGAGACCAGACCCGCCCAACAAACGAUCGAGGACCUAGAACCAGUCAAUGUCAAGUUCGACGGGUGGACCGACGAGCCUUUCAACAAGAGCAAGCUGGAAAUAAGGGUGAAGCCCAAGACAACCGGGCAGCCGGGCUCGGGUUACGACGAGGAGAGUUCACAGACACCUCUAGACCAUGCCCAAGAUCUUGGUGCUUACCUUCCCCGAUUCACAUUGAAAAAUCGUGCAUAUCGCACCUUUGGCGUGGUGUUCCACGUUCCCUCAUCAGACGCAUCACCAGGCGAAGUGGCCUGGACAGAUUUCUUGCAUGCUAUGCGUGCCGUGGGAUUUAAUUCCGAGAAACUGUAUGGUUCGGUAUGGCGAUUUACCCCCAAGGAUGGGAAGAUACUCGGAGAGAGUGCGAUCAACUUCCACGAGCCACACCCUAGCGGAAAGCUGUCAUUUUGGACAGCUAGACGGUAUGGGAGGCGACUAACCAGAAACUACGGAAUCACCGGGCAAAGUUUCUCCUUGGGAGAGAAGGAGUAG